AUGACGGCCACAUCACCUAUAUGCUACAUUGGAAGAUUAUCCGAUGAUGAUUCUUGGUCUUUGUUUGAGCGAAGAGCAUUUGGAUUGGGUAGAAAAGAAGAAGUUGCACAUUUGGAAACCAUAGGAAGAGACAUAGUCGAUAUGUGUGGAGGGGUACCCUUAGCAAUAAAGGCACUGGGAAGCCUCCUGCGUUUGAAACGAAAAGAGAAUGAGUGGAUAUCUGUCAAGGAUAGUGAACUUUGGAAUUUAUCAAAUGACGGAAGCAUGAUUCUGUCUGCUUUGAAAUUAAGUUAUAAUCAUUUAGCGUUGCAUGUGAAAAGAUGUUUUGCAUUUUGCUCAAUCUUUCCAAAAGAUCGCAUAAUGGAGAGAGACAUGUUGAUUGGACUAUGGAUGGCAAAUGGGUUUAUUCCUUGUGAAACACAGAUAGAUUUGUAUAAUAAAGGUCACGAGGUUUUCGAAGAGUUAGUGUGGAGAUCAUUUUUUCAAGAUGUGAAAGACGAACAUGUUACAGGAACCAUAACGUGUAAAAUGCAUGAUCUUAUCCAUGAUCUUGCACAAUCUAUUACAGUAGAUGAGUGCAAAUUGAUCAAGUCCGACAAAGUCUUGGUUGUUCCAAAGACAAUUCGUCACAUGAGUAUGUAUGUGAAUUCACAACAAGCUUUUCCUCGAGGCAACAAACUCUUCAGAGGUCAACAAUUGCGUUCAUUCCUUUGGGUUGGCCUUCGUGAUAGGCACCAGGAAGCUUUUCCACAAGGCAGCCACUUCAUUGGUGGCCAUAAAUUUAUUUCUUCAAACCUUAGGCCUGGCUAUCCUGAUAGGCACCGGCAAGUGUCUUUCUACAUGUCAGGACAGAAGCGUUUGAGAGUCUUGGAUUUAUCCAGAUCCCGACUAGGGAAAUUUCCAAUGCCAAUCAGUAGUUUGAAACAUUUGAGGUACCUAGAUUUUUCAAACUCAAGCAUUAAAAUUCUGCCGGAACUUAUAAUCUCCCUCCAGAACUUGCAGACGUUGAAUCUUAGAGAUUGCUAUAAGCUCUGCAAAUUACCAAGAGGUUUGAAGUACAUGAAAAAUCUCAUACAUCUUGACAUUCUCGGCUGUUCUUCGCUUACCUAUAUGCCCGGCGAAAUAGGACAACUGACUUGUCUAAGAAAGCUAAGCGACUUCAUUGUGGGCAAGGACAAGGGUCAUCACAUUGGAGAAUUGAAAGAACUGAAUCUUGGGGGAGAGUUAAGCAUACAUAAGAUUCAAUACGUUACAAGUUGCGGAGAUGCUAAGACUGCUAAUCUGAUGGGAAAAAAGGAACUCAGCUCGCUAAGACUACUUUGGUCACAAGAAGAAGAAGAAUACAGUAGCAACACAUUUGAAGAGGUUCUUGAUGGCCUCCAACCUCAUUCAAAUUUAAAGAAAUUAACCAUAUACUAUUAUCGGGGUUCUCAUUAUUGGAUGAUGGACUUACUUCUACCAAAUCUGAUUCAAAUCGAUUUGGUCUGUUGUGACGGAUGCAAACAUCUUCCACCAUUUGGAAAACUCAAGUUUCUUAGGGAGCUUGAAAUAUGUGGAAUGAAUGGUGUGAAGUGCAUUGAGAAUGAGAUAUACGGGAAUGGAGAAUGUUCAUUUCCGUCAUUGGAACGUUUGAGGCUACAUUGUAUGGGUGGUUUAGAAGAAUUGCUAAUGCAAGUGGUGGCUGGUAGAAACGUUUUUCCAAUCCUGGAAAGUUUAGUCAUCAUUUUUUGUCCCAAAUUGGUGGAAUUGCCAAGCAUGCCAUCUCUCAGAACAUUGAACAUUUGUGGAGGAAGUAGAAUGUUAUUAAGAUCAGUUGAAAAGUUUGGUUUCGUCACUAGUCUAUCUAUUAAUGGUCUUGACAAUAGCAUUAACUUAGAGUCAUUGCAAAAUCAGUUAGAUAAACUACCUUAUCUUAAGUCAUUUAAGGUUGAAGGGAUUCCAGAGCUUGAAAGCUUACCAGAACGCCUCAGUUUCUUGGAGACGCUACAUGUAAGUAGCUGCGGAAUAAAAUCUUUCCCAUCAAUCAAUGGAUUAUGCGGAUAUUCUUCUCUUCGUAGUUUAUGUUUUCGAAGUUGCUCAGAAUUUGUAGGUCUAUCAGAGGGAUUGAGACAUCUGAGUGGACUAGAGGAUUUGAGGCUUCAAGAACUUCCGAAGCUGAGUUCACUGCCAGAUAGUAUCGGGUAUCUGACUGCUCUCCGAACACUUGUAAUCUCAUCCUGUGAAGGAUUGUCUUGUCUGCCGAAUGAGAUAGAAAAUCUGACAUCUCUUUCAAGCUUGGAAAUUGAGAGUUGCCGAAAUUUGAUGUGUUUACCGGAUGGAAUACGGAAUCUGGAGACGUUAAGAGGAUAGGGAAUCAUAGAUUGCCCAAUUCUGAAGAGGCGAUGUCGGAAAGAUAGAGGAGAGGAUUGGCCAAAGAUAGCUCACAUUCCUGUUAUUAGAAUCACGGGUUCAUUUUUCGGGUAAUUUGAUCAUAAAGUCACGUUCCAUUCGCACCUAAUAAUGAUGUAAUACGAAUAUUAUUUAGGCAAUGGUUGUUCAUAAAUGUUUGCACACUUGUAAUCUGUAUGCAGUUGAAGGGUAUGAAGACUGAAGUUGUAUUCUGCUGAUUAGAAAGUGAAAAUAGUAAUGAAUUUCCAGAAAUUUGAGUCUUUUAAAUUGAUAUGAAACAUUUAGCAUAAACGAAAUGAGGAUUAGUAGACCCAAAAUGUAGACAAACAACUUGCAAUUCAGCCCCUGCUGCAUUGGUCUAGCAAGUCCCUGAAGGAAAUAAAGCUUUUUAUUCAA